CCGCCCCUGUAGAUCUGCUACCUGCAAUUGGUCAACGGUGACGACAAUCGUAAAACAUUCCCGCCUACCGAGAAGAUCAAGUUUGAAUGAAUAAGAGUCUAUUUCAAGAGGUGGUAGUUUUGUUGGCAGUGAUAACUAUACUCAAUAGUCUUUUGCACAUCAAGGAUAAACUAUUCAGAAAUGGAAAUGAAGAAGAGAAUUCAUCUAGAGCUGCGAAACCGCACUCCAUCAGACGUGAAAGAGCUAGUGCUGGACAACUGCCGCUCACAUGAUGGAGAGCUUGAGGGCCUCACGGAUGAAUUUGAAGAAUUAGAAUUUUUAAGCACAAUCAACGUUGGACUGACAACAGUCGCCCACUUGCCAAAGCUCACAAAGUUGAAAAAGCUUGAGCUCAGUGAUAACAGAAUCUCAGGUGGACUGGAGGUGCUGGCUGCCAAAUGCCCCAACCUAACACACCUCAACCUCAGUGGAAACAAAAUCAAAGACCUCAGCACAAUAGAGCCAUUGAAAGAAUUGGAAAGCCUGAAGAGCCUAGACCUUUUCAACUGCGAAGUGACAAACCUGAAUGAAUACAGAGACAAUGUAUUCAAGCUCCUCCCCCAUCUCACGUACCUGGACGGAUAUGACUUAUGUGACAAGGAGGCCCCGGACUCUGACGCAGAGGUGUACGCAGAGGGCCUGGAUGGGGACGAUGACGACGACGAUGAUGUAGAUGAGGAGGAUGAAGAGGUUGCACCAGUAGACGAUGACGAUGAUGAGGGUGAGGAAGACGAAGAUGAGGGGAAUGAAGAGGAGGAAGAUGACUUAAGUGGAGAGGAAAAACCAGAUUCGGAAGAGGACGACGAUGAUUUGAAUGACAGAGAAGUUGAUGAUGGGGAAGAUGAAGAUGGUGAAGAAGAGCAAGGCCAGAAGAGAAAAAGGGAACUUGAUGAAGAAGAGGAAGAGGAAGACGAUUGAGGAUUGCUUUCACUUUGUGUACCGACUGUUUAACUUCCCCUCCUUCUCACUUCCCAGUCCCAUUUGUACUAUCUUUUUGAGUUUAUUUGAGUACUUCAUGUUAGUGGCCAGCCGUGUGUGUGUGUGUGUGUGUGUGUGUGUGUGUGUGUGUGUGUGUGUGUGUGUGUGUGUGUGUGUGUGUGUGUGUGUGUGUGUGUGGGGGGGGGGGGGGGGGGGGGGGGGGGGGGGGGUUGGGUUAAUAACUUAAUUUUAAGUAUAUGAGUCAGAGUUUCUGAUUCGCUGAUCUUAAUUGUGUAUUUUAAGCUCCUUUAUGGCGAUACGAUUUUGUAACGACACCUAAUAUGACAUUUUUUAAUAAUUAUCCCUGUUUGUGUAGGAAUUUUUCUUCUGAUAAAUUGCAUAUUUUAAAAUGGAACCAUCCCUUACAUAGAGAAAAGGUGCAUGUCUGAAAACUCAACCACUGGAACUCAUGUACGGCUGUCCUUUUCUUUCCUCGUCUUAAUCUUAUUUUAUUCUUUGCAUUGUACAUUUUAUAAGUAAGUUAUAUGUUUGUGGUGUCCCAAGUAUGCCAAUACUGUUGUUGUGGUGUGGAAAACUUCGUCUGAACAUGCACAGUGUGACCAUUCCAGGUCCCAUUUCUAAAUUAUAGCAAGUAAAGAUCUACCUUUGUCUCAGAUGCUCCAAUCUCCUGGACCACCCAGCUUUGAUAGUUCGGAAGUUACGUGUUCUUGUAAAUAAUGACCAAAAUCUAUUUUUUUGUAUUCUCUUUGAUGUUGGCUGACAUUAAGUACAAUGAGUUAAACAACAAAUUGUAAUAAAAAUAUAAACUUG